UCGCCGCCCGUUGUCCGACCAGUCCGACUUGUCAGAGGAGAAUACGAGCGCACGUCAACAAACCGAUAAGAUGUGCUGCUAUAAUGCGACGUUUAUUGUGCUCUCGUUAUUUCUAAUACUGUUCUGCGACCCGACGUCGUCGGAAUGCACCCAGCUGGCGCCGUGCGUCUGCUCGCUACCGGACGGCUACUAUUACAAUUUGACCGGCCUCGCUAAUGCAGAGCCGUUUGUUGAUGAUAAAUACAAUUGGACGGUACAUUUUCAUCCGUGUACAAAUGUAAAAAUGAAAAUAGACAACAAAACGCCAAGUGCCUGCACCAAUGGCACUGGAGUAUCGCUAUGCAUGUACAAUAAAACUCAGCCAAAUCAGACGCUAACUGGGACGAUAGAAGAAACAAAAAUGACGAUGUCAUCCACAGGAAACACUCCAGUCUUUGAGAUAGUUCAUAAAGACAUCAAAUCGAUUAUAGAAAUUGUGUGCUUUACAGCCGAGGAAAACGAAUCGACUUUUACAAUCUCCAAAUCUCCGAGUGCUGAGCCUAAAGCAGUUAAUCGUUUUGCGUUGAUGUCGCCACACGGUUGUAAGAUAGCACCGGAAAAGGGAUUAUCCACCGGUUCCGUCUUGGUCAUUUUGUUCUUCGUCUGCGCUGGCCUGUACUUUAUUGGCGGCAUUGUAGCUUUGAAAACAUUGAGGGGAGCAACAGGCUGGGAAAUGGUGCCCAACCAUGAAUUCUGGUGCAAGCUUCCUUCACUAGUCAGGGACGGCGUCGUCUUCACCUUCAGUUGCUGUCGGGCGGACAGUUAUGAACGAAUAUAAUUACAAACGCCUUUGUUGAACCGGUUCGACUUAAUAUUUAUUAAGCGCGCGACUUUGUUGCAAUUUAGUGUAAUAUAAAUAGUCCAUUUGUAUUCCAGAUUAUUUUUCUAUUCCUACUCUUGUUUGUACUGCAGCCAGACUUUGUACAUUUGUCUUAGCAGAAUUCAUAUUAGUUAAAAAUAUCCCUUUGUCAGUUUACUUAUACUAUAUUUCUAACGCCGGUAUUUCCAUUGUUUUAAUUAUCCAUUUAGCUUGUUAAAAUAACAAUGUAUAUACAUUGAAAAAUGUGAUAUCCAUUAUGCUAUGUCACGUGCCAAUGUUAUUUCUUUUUAUAAGAUAGACGUUUCAAUUUAUUUGACACAGAAACAGUCUAUGUAUAACUGUUGUAAGUAUAAUGAACAACCGAGAACACACCUGAAAACUGAGAAAAUAUGAUUAUAUACCAAAGAACUCGUCAGCUCUUUCGAACAUUGGACGUGUUUGUUUCAAAGUACAAUUUACAUUUGAAAAAUAAUGUUGAGAGUGAACGUGAUUCAUGUAAGCUAAUAUAAAUGUAUGUUUGUAGAAUAACAUAUUUUGACGCUGCAAGGGCCUAGACGCUGAAAUCGACCAUUUCCACGAAUAUGCUAUUUUUCUCCACGAGCAUUUUUUCCCAUAAAUAUAUUUUUUAUAGACUUUUUACGAACAUCAGUGAAACCGCACAGGAUUAGCUUUAUCUACAAUUAGAGUAGAUCUCGUCUCUUUUUAUACAGCAGACCAAUCGUUUCUACACAGGCGCAUAGACCCUUGUGCAGUCAGUAACGACACGGAACUGGUGAUUUGAGAAUGUGAUGUUUUAUUAACAAAAUCUCUAAUAAUACAAAAAUAUAAAUACC